AUGUUGAUCAGCCGAGUUCCUGACGAGGGGGCGGGGGAGGGGAGAGGGCCGAGGGAAGAUAAUUCGCACGAAUAUGAAACUGCGACUGAACUAUUUGAAAUUAUAGCUAAGAACCAUGCCUUUAGUGCCGACAAUGAUCAACUCACAAAAAGCGAUCUAGUGCUUCUGUACAAAAAUUUUGAUCUAGGAUCUAGGCUGAUGUCGGGUAAUAGCGAACUCAAGUCGACCACUCGCUCAAACCAGCGGGUGGAAACCGUAGUCCACUCGGCGGACGAUUUCGACUCCGACACGUCAGAGGCGGAUGACGUCAUCAGCACUCACGACCUCCCUCCGACAGACAUAUUCCUCAUCAACAACGAGAGAUUGGACCUCUUAAACAAACCGCCCUCUUUAGAGAACACGCUGUGCCACAAAUUCGGUGAUUUAGAAAUCAAAAUGUCAAACCUCGGAACAGACAUUCUAUUCAAAUCUAGAACAGUCAAAAAACAAUUGGAUAGCUUGAAACUGAUCUCCAGUUCCAAUGAUCUGAGUGGCUCGAUACUCCCUGCCUCGUUACUGGAUUAUAUCUGUUGCAAGCGUUUAGAAGACAACUACACUUUUAAUAUGGAAAACAUUAUUAGACAUGUGAAACAUACGAUCGAUCAGCUUAAGCGAAUCAGCAACGGGGAUUAUUUAACGGAGAAAGCGAAAGAAAAGUGGAGGGAAGUCGCCGAAGAGAAGUACAGUGCUGACUCGAAUAAAAAAAUAUUAGCAGCUUCCACCAGUAUACCUUUACACGUGGAGCGAAAGCAAACAGGAGGAACCAUUACCUGGGACGACAUAGUGCACUCUGAAAUGGAUAUAAGAUCGCUCUCAAAGAUAAUAGAGAAAAAGAUUUUCUUAGAAGUGCCAAAACUCAUUUGUGGGUCUUAUCGAUUGUUCAGUAAACAGUGUGCUGACAAUUUGGUUAUCAGUUGUACUAAAAAAGAGAAAAAAGCUACUGCGAGAGACACUAGAGUAGACGUGGUGCUGAAACUGAAGAGGUCGACGUCGGGACACGUCGUGAGCAAUAUCAAUUCGAUCAUGAUCGUGCAGCCACCGCCCAGUCUAACUCACGGUAAGUUUUGCUUUUCAGGUUCCAUCAUAGCGCUCCCCAUUACAGAAAGUAAAGUUAUCAAUUUGUCCGAUCAAAAAAUUAUAGAGUUGAACGAUGAUACCGACGAAACAGGUACCCAAAACACAGACAGCGACGCAGUUAAAGAAUAUGAAGAAUUAGUUUCCUCUAAUAAAAAUCCUCUCAGUGAGGUCGAAUGCAAUCAAGAAAAAAGCGAUACGAGUAUUCCGCUCGGAGAUGUAUACAAUACGAGAUGUGGAACUUAUAAUCAUUAUCAGGAAGCUGCCUUCUUAACUAGUCCGGAUGCACUGUCUUUAUCUAUGCAAAAACUUGACAUACAAAGCUCUCUGCCUGAAGAGACUGCAGAAGAUGUACAGGAAUACUCAGUUUCUGUUAAAAAAUCCCCAACCAGAAUCCGAAUAAAGUCGCCUUACGAGAACAAGUCUCAUUUGAUUGAUGAGAAAAAGAGGAAAAAGCUGUUAGAGAUUCGAGACAGGAGGGAGAAGAAGAAAAUUGCCAUGAGCGAGUCCUGCAAGAUAAUGAAACACAGGCACGCGAGGGGGACGCUGACUCCGCAAGCUUCUAGCUCUGUAACCCAACUGUCAAUUACCAACAAAUCGUUUUACAACUCUAUUUAUGGUCAAACUGCUUCUAUCGAAAACAAACCAAAGACUAGAGUUCGGAGAAAUAGAAAAGAUGAAGGUUUAGAUAUGUCUGAAGAACAAUCACAAGAACAAACAAAGGAGACAGAACCGCAAAUGCACAUUGCAGGCGAAAAGAGUAAGAAGUAUAUAAACAAGACUUACUAUUUAGACGAUGCGGAGACGGAAAUGAUGUAUAUGCUGAUGAAGGGGGACGGCAGGCUGUCGGCGUCUACUUCAUCGGGGAUGAUGGCUGAGUUGGCUACGAAUUUGACACUUCUUUCUCAACAGUUCGCACCGUCUGUAGCCGAUUUUAAAGACAUGAACACCAAUGAAACACCAGAAGUUACUUGUCCUGCAGACAACGACAACAUUGAUAAACCACUUACAUCAAUAUCAUGCCAUGGAGAUGGAGUCAUAGAAAAUAUAAUAAAGAAGAGAAGUAAUCACAACAUAGUGCCUUCUAAUAGUCCCACACGAAUCUCCAAUGAGAAACAGCACUGCUCCGACGUGUCUACUGUAGAAUGUAAGAAAAGUAUCGAGAAGCUAUACGAUUUGCUAAAAAAGAUCGGAAAAGUUGACAACUCGCAAAAAAAUAUGUCAAAAACGGGCAGUCCUACCGGCAUUACUACCGAUCUCACGACUUUCCGCGAGAGUUCAGAUAUCCAAGGCAGUGACAGCGGCACGAGUCUGAAGCAUCACCUCACAUCACCUGAGACGAGCGAUUUCAGUUUCAACAAAACACAUAAUGCGACUACUUCGUACGACGCCAUGCCGAAAAUGCACCACAGAUCGACUGGAGAGGAGACGGUGGUCCCCAAGGUCAUCAUCAGCACCAAGUGCCAGACGGCGAAACCUGAAGAUAAACGCAAAAAAGAUCAUAAGAAGGUUUGCUUUGUCGCGCCGAAAGUAAUCCCUGAUAAUCCUUUGAAGGCGAUUUCUCAGCUGUUGCAUGAAUUUGAUAAUGCGCAGAAGAACCGUCAUAAAUUGUGUGAAGAACGACCGGUGAGACCGGCUAGGAAGUUUGAGAGCAACGCAGGUGGCGGUGACCGCGGUAUGCGAACGAGUCCUAUAAAAGGUCGAUCAAGACUGGACCAGCAUUUAAAAGCAGCUGAUUCGGUGGCGCCGAGAAAUGUGGUUCAUCCCAGAGAUAGAAGACCGCCCGCGCCUGCGGAGCCACCGCGACCGCCGCUCUACGACAGGGCAGCGAAAAAGAAAAUGGCGGAGAUAAUAGACGAGGCGAAAGAGGCAAGAGGAGAAGCAGUGCGCGGUCCCUCUAAGAACUCAAGGCUGAACACACUGGCGCAGCCGAAGAAAACGUACGUGCAGGCUCACAUGGAGGAAUUUCAGAGCAAGUACGGUAGGAACAUGAUGUCGAACCGUCUGCAGCGUCUAGCCGCAACCGUGCCGCCGCCCGCUGAGAAGCAGACAUCGUACCUAGCCCGGACGAAGCAGAAGCGAGCCGGCUCCGAAGCUGCUUCGACCGCGUCCGUCAAACCGACCCCGGGACCCACUAUAGCAGAUGUUGGAGGUAACGGGCGGCGCUCGACGAGCAGUAGCCCCGCCAGCAAGCGCGGCGAGCGGCGCGCUCCCGACCCAGCCAAGCGACCGUACACCGCCGACAUGCCAGAGACUAUCAAAGAGAAAAUGGUUGCAGUCGAGUCUUACGUGAAAAACCACUACGGUCGCACCGGCGUGCAGAGCCCGGGCGAGCAGCGGGUGCCAAAGAAGUCGCGAGUGCCGCUUUUACCCAAAGACAUUGAUCUUGCUUCAAUGACGUCGAGUCCAUCCAACGAGGAAUCCACAGCGAUAGGCAGCGAGCUUCACAAUAUCAUCGACACAAUGAUCAAAACCACAGCCCCGGCUCUGAGCGCCCUCUCCGAAGGCCUGGAGAACACAGAUGAGGUGUACGUCGAAGAAGAUUUGUCAAAACAAAAUGAUCGCUUAUUGCCCUUCGAUUCUGAACUUAGUAUCUUCAAAGACAAUAUCCAUACAGCUGUUGAAGACUUCGAAGGUAGAAAUGACAACGAACACUCAGAAAGUGCUGUAGAUAUUAAAAUAAAACAGGAAUUACGAAAUCACAAUUCGUCUACAGAAUUACAAAGAUUGGAAAAUGCGUUAUACCGCCAAAUGUCGAUUGGCAAUUUCCAGAAACGAUUGCGCAUUAAAAAUUUGACAAUAACUCCCAAACAGUCGAUGCAGCAUAUGAUGGUGGUGCAGUCGGGUGAUGUGGGCUCCGUGGUGCUGAAAACCUCUAUGUCGCAAGACUUCGAAUUGAAAAACUGUUCGUUUACAAAUAAAAUGACAGAGCUGCAAAAUGCUAUCCCGAUAUUGACUAGACCUAAAGUGGACUGGCGCUGUUCUCCCGUGCCAAUGCAAAUUUCGACCAUCGGUUACGCAUUUCCAAAAUAUAAUUCUUCUAGAACAUGCCAAAAACUUGAAAUGACGUCUUUGACAGAUGAACAUAAAAAAGAAGAACUAAGGAAAACGGACGAAAACGUUAAUAUUACGGCGAAUAGAUCUCGAUUGACAAAAGACUACACCUGUCAAACUUUUAAAGGACAAUUAUCGAAUGACGCUUUAGAACAUCUUCCUCCUAACAGUGAAACCCGGGGAACUUCUUGUGACGAUGACACAUCUUGCUCCAUUAAUGCUGUAGUCCCAGAUUCAAAAAAUAAUACAAAGAGUGACGAAAAGGAACUUGAAAAUUUAAAAGACAAAGAAAAUUAUGAUACUUUAUCCGCCAAGAAAGGAAACGAAAUUUUGAAUACAGAUCAACCUAGUGCAGAUAAUAUCGAAUACUCCACCUCCUUAGACAUGCUGGUUGGAUUAUUAAACGAAAUUCAGAAAAUUACCCAGACUCAAGUCUUGAAUCUUUCCGAAAGUAAGCAUUGUUUACAAUUGGAGACCAUUUUAAACAAUGCUGCCAAUUUAGAAAAUUGUGCAAAAUGCUGUCCUGAGGAAUUGGUUACAAUCAGCGGUGUGGACAACGGCAAACCGAUGGUUGAUUCUAGUCCUAGCAGUUAUUCUUUCUACAUCACGAACAGUGAUGAGCGUGAUUUGAAAGGGCAUCAAACUGAAGUAGCUGAGGUAUGCACUAAUGUUUCGAUUAAGGAACAGCCAACGUACGUUGAUAAAGAAAUAUCCGCUGAUGUACCUGGGAAACAAUACCGUAAUUCUUUUACCGAUGUCCCGCCUAAUUUCUUCUCUUUCCCAAUCACUAUAACAACAGGCACGAGUAUAACUAAUUCAGUGAUGGGCGUGCUGAGUGAAUCUUCCACUCAGUCCAUGUUUUCGUGUAAAGAUAUUUUAUACUCCGACAUUGGUUCACGUUCUCAAAACAAAAUCAUAGAGUUAAUUGAUAAUACUGGCCAAGAUGAAACUCCCGUAAUAACUACUGAAAAAAUAACCGAGGUAAUUAAAAAUAUUGAUGAAGCGCCUAAAUUUAAAACGUCAAAUUUAGAACGUGUCAUAGAAGAGAAGGUUGGUGCGGUGAAAAUUGUAAAAAAAUGUAAACGUUUGACAACGAAUGGUUUUUGUGUGAACGAGGAGUUUGAUCCGUGUCUGAAGAUGAAGCGCGACAUCCUGGUGACGGUGUACUCAGUCCUGGUUCUGACGGUGUUCGCGGCGCUGUCCUUCCCCGACAUGUUGUAUCGGGCGUGAU